CCUGGGGAAAAAGAGGGGGGUUCGUGGCAGUUUGUUGUCAUCUCCAUCCAGUAGUGAACCGUUAUAUUGUAUUGGCACGCAGCCCUUUCUCACCCCCUUUGUCUUUCUAUCCGUGUGUUUACUUUACGUGUGUGUGUAUGUGGGGUGCAUUAGUGCCAGCAUUACUGUAACCCGCAAACAAGUCAUGUGAAAAAUUACUGAAACGGCCAAAGAAAAUAUCUGGGUGGCCAAAUGUAACCUAAACAUGGUGGUGUUGGCAAGUUGGUGGCGGAUUUGACAAGCGAGACGGGAUAGUUGAAUUCGGCGCUUCUUUUUUUUUUUUUUUUUUGGAGGAGGAGGAGGAGGAGGAGGAUGGGUUGUCGUGUGGAUAGCAUUAUUAUUCACCUCCUGGAUCAAGUAGAGGACGUACAGCGUCAGGUUAGUUUGAUGUAAAGUUGAAAGUCAAGCCGCAGGAGAAAGGUGGAGUCUCCGCCCGGAGGGAGAAGAAUAAAGAAGAGGAGGAGGAGGAGGAUGAGGAGGCAUCACGUCUCGGUUUCGCUUGUUGGCAUCUUUAGUUUUGUGUAAAAGCCACGAGUUAGAUGUGUUUAAAGCAGGGGAGGGCAGCAGCGGCAGAGUGGGUGGGAACAAUGGGAGUAUUUGCGGAAAGCAUGAGGGCUAUUUUAGCAUAAAGUGUCUGCCAGCGCUGCCGACAGCUCUCACCAGUCUUCCCAGUCAGGUAAAUCCUCCCCCCCAGUCUGGACAACGGGCUCUCUUCAUCCUAAUAGAUGGACCUUCUUAUUUUUUAUUUUUUUGUUCUUGAAGGAGAAAUGACUUAGCCCGAUAAUUGACCAGCUUUUGGGUCUGCAGCGCUUCCUCUCUGAAGUUUAUUGUUGGCCACCGUUCUACUUUGCUGCUGUAAGGUAGAGCAGCCCCACUCUGCCUGGGAAGCAGUGACGGACGGACGGAUAGACUGCCCUGUGAAGUCCUCCUUUUAAUGGAUGCCAGGGUGGCCCUGCUACAUGUAUGGACAGUCCUUGUCCUCCUGACAGCAGAACGGAAGUGGAUUGAUGCUGCAGAGGUCUACACCAACGCUUGGGCUGUCCAGAUCAAUGGGGGGCCAGAGGAGGCUGACCGCAUCGCCAGGGAACAUGGUUUCAUCAACCAUGGCAAUGUUUUUGGAGAUUAUUAUCACUUCAGGCAUCAUGCCGUGGAGAAGAGGGCUUUGUCUGGCCACAGGGGGAUGCACAUCAGACUGCAAAAAGAACCACAGGUCCUGUGGGCGGAGCAACAAGUGGUGAAAAAAAGGAAGAAGAGGGAUGUCUAUGAAGACCCAACAGACCCUGAUUUCCCCAAACAGUGGUAUCUGUCCACUCCAACACAUCAAGACCUGAAUACCAAAAUAGCCUGGGCUCAAGGCUACACAGGAAAAGGUGUAGUGGUGACUAUCCUAGACGAUGGCAUUGAGAAAGACCAUCCUGACCUCAUCAGCAAUUAUGACCCUGAGGCCAGCUAUGAUGUUAAUGACGGAGAUGCUGACCCCCAACCGAGAUACACGCAACGGAAUGAGAACAGACAUGGAACACGGUGUGCAGGAGAAGUUGCAGCUGCAGCAAACAACGGUGUGUGUGGUGUAGGUGUGGCUUAUAAUGCUAAAAUUGGAGGAGUUCGUAUGUUGGAUGGAGAGGUGACAGACGUGGUGGAGGCCCACUCUCUUAGCCUCAACCCUCAGCACAUCCACAUUUACAGUGCCAGCUGGGGUCCAGAGGACGAUGGCAAGUCACUGGACGGCCCUGCCAAGCUGGCUAAGGAGGCUUUCCUCCAGGGAAUCACCAAGGGACGUAGCAGACUAGGCUCCAUCUUUGUGUGGGCCUCGGGUAAUGGUGGCCGGGAGCAGGACAGCUGUAACUGUGACGGCUACACCAACAGCAUUUACACCCUGUCCAUCAGCAGCACCACGCAGUCCGGCAACGUGCCGUGGUACAGCGAACCCUGCUCUUCCACCCUCGCUACCACCUUCAGCUCUGGAAACCCGGGGGAGAAACAGAUAGUGACCACAGACCUGAGGCAAAAAUGCACAGACUCUCACACGGGGACAUCUGCCUCGGCCCCACUGGCUGCUGGGAUAAUCGCACUGGCUCUGGAGGCCAACAUGAACCUCACUUGGAGGGACAUGCAGCACCUGGUGGUGAGAACGUCCCAGCCCGGACAUCUCAGCGCCAUAGACUGGAAGACCAACGGAGUUGGGCGCAGAGUGAGUCAUUCAUACGGUUAUGGUCUCCUGGAUGCAGGUGCUAUGGUGGCUUUGGCACAGAAUUGGACCACAGUUGGGCCACAGCAUCAGUGUGUUCACACAAUGCUCUCAGAACCAAGAGACAUCGGGAAUAAGCUCGUGUUCAGCAAGAGCGUGGAUGCCUGCUGGGGACGACCGGAGUAUGUCAGCUCUCUGGAACAUGUUCAGGCUCGCCUCACUCUCUCCCACAACCAGCGAGGAAAAUUGGCCAUUCAUCUCAUCAGCCCACUGGGCACGCGCUCCACCCUGCUGUUCCCCAGGCCCAAUGACUUCUCCUCAGAGGGAUUCAACGACUGGGCCUUUAUGACCACCCACUCAUGGGACGAAGAUCCUCAAGGGGAAUGGACCCUGGAAAUAGAGAACGUAGCAGCUAAUGGACGUGACUAUGGUGUGUUGAGUCAGUUCACCCUCAUCCUGUGGGGUACUGGACCCAGCGUUGUCAACCCCUCAUCGUCUGACUUCCCUCGGCCGUCCAACAACAGCUGCAAGACCUUUGAUGCCCAGCAGAUCUGCAUCGAGUGCAGCCCCGGCUUCUCCCUCUUCCUCCAGGGUUGUAUGAAGGUGUGUCCACCGGGCUUCACCUCGGGGCCUCAGCUCCUCAACCUCUCCCUGGAGAACUGGGUGGACUUGUCCUCCGUCCAGGCCUGCCUGCCCUGCAACCCUGCCUGCCUUACCUGUUCUGGCACCGGGCCUACAGACUGCCUGUCCUGCCCGCCUCACAGCCACCUGGUCCUCACCUCCUGCCUGCACCAGAACCAGGUCCAGCGUAAAUCCCCACUAGCUGGGGGACUCCAUGCUGACGAAGCCCAGCCAGAGGGUGAGAUCCCAGUGGCGGCGCACGACAGCGUAGAAGGCGAGGAACCUCCGGGGUUCAGCGUAGCUCCGUACACUCAGCUGCCUGCCGUCGUUGCCGUGCUCAGCUGUGCCUUCAUACUGGCUGCCUUCGUUGGGGUCUUCCUGUUGCUGCAGAUGCGCUCAGGUGGCGCUUCUUUGGGCUGGAGGACCAAACUGCCCUCUGUGUAUUCAGAGACGAGGGGGGAGCGGGUGGGCUUCGGGUUUGGCUUCGGCCAGGGACGGGAGAGGAAUGCACGGAUAUGCUACAAGGGGAUCCCCACUGUGUGGGGGGAUGAGGACAUGAUCGCCUACCAGUCUGAAUCAGACAGUGAGGAAGUGGACGGUCACAGCGAGAGGACAGCUUUCAUCAAGACACAGAGCUCAAUCUAGCUGAACCCGCAUCUGCCGUUGUGGUGUCUGACACCACGACAUCCUGCAUCAGCAUUUAGAUCUGACAGUACGGAGCGGAUACAUGAAGAAUCACGCAGGCUCAGAAAAAAAAACACAAAACGCAGGCCUUACUGUCCCAUCAGCACCCCGUCUAAAAUGUUUUUUUCAUAUAUUUAUUUACAUUUGUUAAUUUAUCUUAUUUGAUUGAUAUUCUGAUGUGAGGUGUAUUCAUUAUGCAUUUGACUCUUUGUCACCAAUUUAAGGUGUUAUGCUACGGGCCUAUUUUUACUUUAACUACCUGCUUCAUUUUGUCCAAUUUGUCAAUGGGGUAUUUCAGACAUUUUGUAUUGCACUCCCACAGCGAUAGGGGAUGACAGACAGAUUUAAAUUGUCAAAAUAAAAGCAGCAGAGGCCCAGAUAUGCUGACUAUUUGUCCCAAAAACAUUGAAUCCUUCAUUUUACCAUAAUUCAACUAAGUAGCAUCAUUUGUUAGAGCCCAUCUGCCUGGUAAAUGCCCAUGUCUUUCAAACUCCACAACCCCAGUAUCUGUAAAAAAGAAAAAGUAGACUUCAACAACCAGAUCAGAACUUUUCUGAUGACAUCUUUGUGGUUAUUUUUUAGGAUUUUAAAACUUCUCCAGAACUAAAGAAGUCACGAUACAACUGCUUUCACAGGCUGAGAAAUACUCUCUGUGAUGAGUAAGAACUAAAACUGUCCCUCAAAACCAGUGGAGUGCAUUACUUCCCUUAAAUAAAUAUGCAUCUGAUUUGUCCUGAACACAAACAUCUGGCACAUCUGCACAGGCAGUUCUUAUAUUAAAUUUGCGGUUGUUAUAUUUGAUGAGAUUCCUGGCAGAUUGUGGGCCAGGGGUCAUGAAGUCAACAUUGCUCUUCGUUAAUAGUCAGAAAACUUUGAAUUGAAGAUUCCCGCAGAGUACUGAGACUGCGUAAUGAAACAUCCCACAGGCUGUUUGAUGAGCAGGAAACUUUGGAGGAUUCUCUGUUUUCAAUCAAGGCACAGUGGGAAUUGCCACAGCAGCAUAGAUAUAGAUAUAUAAAUAUAUAUCUAUAUCUAUCAAGUAUAUCAGUCACAAAAUCUUAUUGACUUGUAGAACAGUAACACUGUUUUUUUGAAUGAAAUCAAAACACCACCUAGCCCAAAGCUGCUUGGCUGACCUUUACAACAUUUCUCUACUUGGUUGCUGCUGGUAAGAAAUAAGAUCAUUCUCUCUUCAUUUUCCCCACAGAGCAUUUAUUGAUUUUGGGUUUUUCUCCAAGAGCGUCUUCAUCAGUUGUAAACCCCUUUCCCUUUCUAUUAAGAGCGCCAUACAUUGAAAGACAAAUACCUGCUUUAUUUCCCAUCUGCAGCGGUAUAAACUUACUACUUACGCCACACGAGCUGAAUCAAAGCCUUUCGGAUCUGAAGGCCAGAAUGCUGACAGUGAUUAAGAAAUGAAGAGAUCUUGUCUCGCAUUUUCUAUGUUUGUUUUAUAUCCUUUUUUAUUUAACUGACAAUGGAUGUUAAUGUGGAGAUCAGUUUCAUGCUGGAAUAAAAUGACUUUGGCUGUUGCAUA